CAUCAUCAAAUAUUCUUUAAGCAUAACAUAAAUAUUUUCAUAUUUGCACAAAAAUUUUAAAUAAAACGGAUGGUCAAACGUUGGUCAAAAAGUCAACGGCGUCAUAUAUUAAAAUAUGGAGAGAGUACAAAUUAGAAAUUUGGAACAAAGGCUAGUCGCUACCUCAUCAGCAUCAGUUACAGCUUCACGACUCCUUCACCACUUAAGUAAUUGAUUUUCUGGCGCGAUUAAGAGCUUGGUAUAUAGUCCAGUUGGGUUUAGUUUGUACCAAAAUUUAGGUUUCUACCGAGAAACUGAAACAUCUCAAAGUGCUCACGUCAUGCCGACGCAGGCAUAUCAUCCCCGAUCAGAAACCCCCACCACCGUCUACAAAAAUGGCCACUUCGAUUUUGGUCCACCACCAUAGGAAUAUAGGAUACACGCAUGCACGGGUGUGCACUGCACCCAGCUGCAUAUCGUCGUAUAUUUCAUAACCCGAGAAGCACCCGGAGCCACGGGCUGGUCGCUGCAGCUUCUCCUCCACUUCACCAACCAGCCGCGGCGUGCGGGGAAACUCAUCGGAUCAUACAGAUGCAUGCACUCUUUGCCGUCGCCCGUGACACAGCCUUCUCAUCGUCGCCGGCGGCCGACGAGCACCUCCCCAACGAGCACCCAGGCGGUCACCUCUGGAACCAGAGCGUCCUUCAGACGAGACGUGCAAUGCAUGUUUUCAGUAGCAGGGAAGAAGAGCAUGGGAGCAACGACGACAGCUUCAGGGAGAGCCUCGUUUCUUUGCUUGACAACACGAGAGACUACGUGAUGGCUCCCGAAGUGUUCGAGGGCGUCCCCGUGGCAUGCGACUACCUCAAGGGGAUGGACAGCGACGGCAUGGCCGCAUCAGCUGUCGCCGCCUAUAGCCUGGACAACAACGGCCAGCACGCUAGUGUUAGUUCAAUCGAGCAUGGCAUCGCUAGCUCGCCGCUGCUGGCGUACCAGCUGGGGAAGAACAGCGCUGUGGUGCAACGGAGCAUCCAGCAGCAGGAGGUUGGAUCUCCCAUGGCCGCAUUUCUGCAGCAACUGAUUCCCACUAGUGUUCUCGAUCAGUCUGGUAUAGGGUUUGGGGGAGUUUGUCUGGACGGCUCAGCACUGGAGGCUUCGUUUUGCAUGAGAACUUCUCCGGACGUCAGCUCUUUCAGUGGCCACAGGUCAGCAACCGCAGAAGAAUUGAUGUCUACAGACACAAGGGAGCAAGAAAUUACACGGCUGGCAAGAUCUUGUAGUAGCAGUGGAAGUGAUCGUAACAAGAAGAAACUAUCAGAGGUAAGAGGAGGAGGCAAAGCGAAGAAGUUCAAGUCAGAGACUUCACAUAGUACAUCUUCUCCCAAGCAUCAAUCACCCAAAGUGAAGCUGGGGGAGAAGAUCACGGCUUUGCAGCAGAUUGUGUCACCUUUCGGGAAGACGGAUACAGCGUCUGUUCUGUUGGAAACCAUAACCUACAUCAAAUUUCUUCAUGAACAAAUACAGUUAUUCAGCCAACCGUAUAUGACAAACAGCACAAACAAGGGUCAUAUUCACUGGGGAGGGGAAGGGAAGAGGAAGGCAGGUCUGGAGCAUGAUUUGAGGGGCAGAGGGCUUUGCUUGGUCCCUGUUUCCUGGACCUCUCAAGAAUACUGUGAUAGCAUCCUGCCGGAGUGCUGGGCUCCGGCGUACAGGAACUACUUUUACCGAUGAGCCCCAUACACAUUAGACAGCUCACAGCCUUGUCUCACUUACUGCCCGUGCAACGGCUACGUUGGGAAGAUUUACUGUUUACUUACUCUAUGUUUUUCAGUCCCCAUGUUAUAUGUAUUGCUGAGUUUGUAGCCUAGAACGAAUAAAAAGAGUGAAGUGUAUAGGCGGUCUCUAAACUUAUAAGAGUGUCAUAUCUAGGUCCCUGAACUCUUAAAAUGUAUUUUAGGUUUUUGAACUUGUACUGCGUGUCAUAUAUGUCCAAAUGGAUCCCAUCUCAUUCCAUGUA